CCAACCUCCUGCCAGCAAUUCUACCACUGCAGCUGCUCGACAAUACUCAACUAAAUCGGUUAAUAUCUUCCUGGCUUGAGUUAUCAGCGCCUCUACUAUGCAUAUUUGGUGCAUGCUAAACGACCUCUGUAUCCCACGAUGGACUCUCACGCCUCAACCUUGUCAGAAGUGACUUCCACGCUCUUGCGCCCGUCUAAAUGGGUUUCGUCUUACGAAGACAUCGUGACCAAAAACUCGAAUACCGUUGGCCAGAUUGAAUCUGCCCUGAGGUCUCUCAUUUAUAUAAUUCCUGGACGCUUCCGCGAGUCCGAAUUACCUUCAGAAUGUGUUCAUUCCGGAGUACAGCUAUUAUCGCUCUAUCAUGAUAGUCUAGUCACCCGUGUUAUUUCUCAACUCCCCUCUACCAUUCCUCGACCACCCUUAUCCCCGCAUGCGAGAUAUACGAAAUAUUGGACCAUCAAGUCGCCCCAGUAUCGCAAUAUAGCGCUUGCAUUACAGAUGAUUCAGUAUACGGAGCUUCUGUGGGAAAUGUUAGCGCGACGGCGAGGAGAAAAGGUCCGAAGACGCGUGAUUAUCAUGAUCGAGAUUGCCAAAGCUUUGUGCCGCCUACUACUCUUGCGAUUGACGAAUUCGCGACCACUUGUCAGCCCUCCACUUCCAGAGAGAGAACAAGAUCCCCGUGCGUUGGAAACAGAAAGAGAUUCAGGAGAUUGGAAUGGUAUGGAUACACUCUCGAGUGAUGGACUUUCUGAGUUGAGCUGGACAAUGCCCCGAACUGGACUUUCGCUUCCAAGUCUCCCAGACACAAGCGAUAUCUCAAAUUACCUCAUUUCUAAGGUUCUCACGGCCGAUGAUGUUAAACCACCGAAAUCUUUACUGCAUCGCGUCUCAGGACAAGGCCAGCUUGCGGAAGUACUGUAUAUUUUACGUCCAGUCAUCUACGCACUCGCACUACAAAGAUGGUCUGGAAAUAAGCGAAGCUGGAGUCCUUGGCUGAUAGGUUUCGGCUUGGAAUACGGGAGCCGUCAACUUGCUAAGAGGGAUCUAAAAGAGCGUGUUGCUGGAGGUCUGAGAGGUCUCACAGGUUUGGAAAGAGACGAACUGCGCAAGAGAGGUUGGAAUAUGGGAUGGUGGUUGAUGCGUGGCGCCUUCUAUGAGAACUUUACAAAACAAUGGAUAAAAAGUACGGCUGAGCGACUGAAGGGUAAACCACUGCUGGGCCUGCUUGGCGAAUUGGUGGACGAUUACGAAUUCUUGUGGGAAAACUACUAUUUCUCAACCGCGACGCUCUGAUUGAAGUCUUUCUUAACAUGACCAUAUCCUUUUAACCAUCCUUUCAUUACUCCAAGUGUUUUAAUAUAUGUUUCUGGGGGCCUCCAGUUUCUCACUUAUUCAACAAUGAGCUACACUUUCUUUUGUUUGGAGUGUUUCAAAAUAGGGGUAUGAGGCGUUACUGGAAGAUAACUAAAGUUACGUGACAUUAGAGCAAUACGUAGUUAUAUAUUCAA